UUCUCGUUCAGCAACUUAUACAAAUUAUAGCUCAACGUUUCUACUCCGCAACCGAAUCCAAAAAAGAAGAAAAUUAAAAUAUCAAUCUCUUAUAUAUACGCUUAUUAGGAGGAGAGUGCAGAAAUUGUUUCUACUAAACUACAAUUCAUCCCGUUUCUUCCCAUUACCGAGCAGAGGUUCUUUUAGUUCGUGGAAACACCAAGAAUGGAUCCGGGAAAGUUUACCCACAAGACAAAUGAGGCUCUUGCUUCAGCUCAUGAGCUAGCAAUGAGUGGUGGUCAUGCGCAGAUAACUCCUCUGCACCUUGCUGUUGCUCUGAUUACGGACCCUAAUGGAAUCUUUUGCCAGGCAAUUUCCAACUGUGGUGGUGAAAGUGCUUCCCAAGCAGCACAAAGGGUAUUCAAUAAUGCAUUGAAAAAGCUCCCAUCUCAAUCUCCACCUCCAGAUGAAAUUCCACCAAGUACUAGUCUUAUUAAAGUUAUAAGGCGUGCUCAAGCAUUACAAAAAUCACGAGGUGACACUCAUUUAGCUGUCGAUCAGCUUAUCUUAGGUUUGCUUGAGGAUUCCCAAAUUGGAGACUUGUUGAAAGAAGCAGGAAUAGCCACUGCACAAGUGAAAUCGGAGGUGGACAAACUUCGGGGCAAGGAAAGAAAGAAAGUAGAGAGUGCGUCUGGGGACACUACUUUUCAAGCAUUGAAGACUUAUGGCAGAGAUCUGGUAGAACAAGCUGGAAAGCUUGAUCCUGUCAUUGGAAGAGAUGAAGAAAUUAGGAGGGUAAUUAGGAUCUUAUCGCGGAGAACUAAGAACAACCCAGUCCUUAUUGGAGAGCCAGGAGUUGGUAAAACUGCUGUUGUAGAGGGUUUGGCUCAGAGAAUUGUGAGAGGAGAUGUCCCGAAUAAUCUUGCUGAUGUUAGGCUCAUUGCACUGGAUAUGGGUGCCUUAGUUGCUGGAGCAAAAUAUAGAGGAGAAUUUGAGGAGAGAUUGAAGGCUGUUUUGAAAGAAGUGGAAGAGGCUGAGGGAAAGGUUAUAUUGUUUAUUGAUGAAAUCCAUCUUGUUCUUGGAGCUGGUCGAACAGAGGGGUCUAUGGACGCUGCUAACCUCUUCAAGCCCAUGCUUGCAAGAGGUCAGCUUCGGUGCAUUGGUGCAACAACAUUAGAAGAGUACAGGAAAUAUGUGGAGAAAGAUGCUGCAUUUGAAAGGAGGUUCCAGCAAGUUUAUGUUGCAGAACCUAGUGUUUCUGAUACAAUUAACAUUCUUCGAGGUUUAAAAGAGAAGUAUGAGGGUCACCAUGGUGUUCGAAUCCUCGAUCGAGCUCUUGUGGUUGCUGCGCAGUUAUCUAGUCGAUACAUUACAGGUCGUCAUUUGCCUGAUAAGGCAAUUGAUUUAGUUGAUGAAGCCUGUGCAAAUGUAAGAGUCCAACUUGAUAGCCAGCCUGAAGAAAUUGAUAACCUGGAGAGAAAGAAAAUUCAACUGGAAGUUGAACUUCACGCUCUUGAGAAGGAGAAGGACAAAGCUAGCAAAGCUCGAUUCGCAGAAGUUGUAAAAGAACUUGAUGAUUUGAGAGACAAGCUUCAGCCUCUGAUGAUGAAAUACAAAAAGGAGAAGGAGAGGAUUGAUGAAAUCAGGCGACUCAAGCAGAAAAAAGAGGAGAUACAGUUUGCAAUACAAGAGGCAGAAAGAAGGUACGAUUUGGCUAGAGUUGCUGAUUUGCGAUAUGGGGCAUUGGAGGAAGUUGAUGCUGCCAUAGCACGGUUUGAGGGAACCACUGACGAGAAUUUGAUGUUAACAGAAACAGUUAAACCAGAACACAUUGCAGAAGUUGUUAGCCGCUGGACUGGGAUUCCUGUUACAAGGCUUGGUCAAAAUGAGAAAGAUAGGUUAAUUGGGCUUGCAGAGAGGUUGCAUCAGAGAGUGGUGGGGCAAGACCAAGCAGUCGAUGCUGUGGCAGAAGCUGUACUUAGGUCAAGGGCUGGCUUAGGAAGGCCACAGCAACCAACUGGUUCAUUCCUUUUCUUAGGUCCGACUGGUGUUGGUAAGACGGAGCUUGCCAAGGCCUUGGCUGAGCAACUCUUUGAUGAUGAAAACCAGUUGGUGAGAAUUGACAUGUCUGAAUAUAUGGAGCAACACUCGGUUGCACGACUCAUUGGUGCUCCACCAGGCUAUGUAGGACAUGAGGAAGGCGGGCAGCUUACUGAGGCUGUGAGGCGAAGGCCUUAUAGUGUUGUCCUGUUUGAUGAAGUAGAGAAAGCACACCUUUCUGUGUUUAAUACUCUCCUUCAAGUUCUGGAUGAUGGUCGAUUAACUGAUGGCCAAGGCCGCACGGUUGAUUUCCGGAAUACGGUUAUUAUAAUGACUUCCAACCUUGGGGCAGAGCACCUUCUAUCUGGAUUAAUGGGCAAGUGUUCAAUGCAAGUUGCUCGAGAUCGUGUUAUGCAAGAGGUAAGGAAGCAUUUUAGACCGGAGUUGCUAAAUCGGCUAGAUGAGAUUGUGGUUUUUGACCCGCUCUCACAUGACCAAUUGAGGAAAGUUGCUAGGCUACAAAUGAAAGAUGUAGCACUCCGUCUCGCUGAAAGGGGUAUUGCAUUAGCAGUGACUGAUGCCGCAUUGGAUUAUAUAUUAGCGGAGAGUUAUGAUCCUGUCUAUGGCGCGCGACCAAUCAGGAGAUGGCUUGAGAAGAAAGUGGUCACAGAACUAUCCAGAAUGCUUGUAAGAGAAGAAAUUGAUGAGAACUCUACUGUCUACAUAGAUGCAGCGCCAAGCGGGAACGGCUUGAGUUAUCAGGUAGAGAAAAAUGGUGGCCUUGUUAAUGCAGCCACAGGCCAGAAGGCUGAAGUACUAAUUCAGUUACCAAGUGUCCCAAGAAAUGAUGCAGCUCAAGCAGUAAAGAAGAUGAAGAUCGAAGAAAUUGUUGACAAUGAUGAAGAUGAAAUGGUUGAGUAAGUGUUCAUAUGGUCGGUGGGGAUCCAUUGCAGAUGUAUUAGCAUGUUUUGGGUAUACAUUUUGUUGUUUUGAAGUGUAAAAUGGGGCAAGUAAAGAGGUGGUUGAUUGGCUAUCCUCUUGUUGCAUCUUCUAUUAUCAGAAAAUAACUUCUGGUUUCUUUUGAAAUGUUUUGGAUAGUGUUUGUAAAUAUGAACAUGUUCAAGCUGUGACGUUAGCAGCUUUUUCUUUUUGGCACUUGUACUGGAUCCCCUAAGAUGAGUUAUGGGAAGAAUCAAUCCCUUGUCUUUAUUUUGUCUUGGUAACGUUUUUUAAUAAUGAGAUGUUUCGAUUUUAUCAAA